GGGUAAUCACAGAUUUUAGAUAUAUGAAAUCAUAUAAAUUCAUUAUUCAUAUUAUAAUCUGUGUAAUAACUAAUAACUAUAUAAUUCCAACUUCAGAGUUCUGCAAUAACAUCUAGUUUGUUAAUUUGUCGUAGAGACUGGAUUUCGUUGAGGACACUUUGUAAUAACACAUUGUACCAUGUCAGGAAAAUCGGCCCUGUUUAUUGUAGCUGAAGGAAGCGAGGAACUAGAAUUGAUCGCUCCCGUUGAUAUCCUUCGCCGUGCUAAUAUUAAUGUUACCAUUGCUGAUUUAACAGACUCUGAACACGUCAAGACUAAAUCUAACGUUCUUAUAAAAACUGAUGCCAAAUUAAGCGAUGUAAAGUGUAAUAAAUAUGAUGCUAUUGUUAUUCCUGGUGGUCCGUCAUAUAAAACUUUAGCUGCUGCUAGUGUGGUUGGAGAAAUAUUGAAAACACAUGAGCAAGCUGGUAGUGUUAUUGCUGCUAUUUGUGCUGCACCGUUCGUAUUGUAUAAACAUGACAUCGCUAAAGGAAAAAAUUUGACUUCUUAUCCAAGUGUUAAAAGUGAUAUUGAGGGUGCAUACAAUUAUAAAGAAGAUUCUACUGUUGUCGAUGGAAAAUUGGUAACAAGUCGUGGACCCGCUACUGCAGUUGAAUUCGGGUUACGCCUUGUAGAAGUUUUGCUAAACAAAGAAGAAAAGGAUAAAGUUGCAAAGGGAAUUCUUUAUCCUCUUUAAAUGCAAUGUACUUGAUUUUUUUGAUAUUCUAUGAAGUAUCAUAGAAUAUAUAAUCAUUAUCAUUAAUUAUAUAGGAAUUAUUAUAAAUUACUUAUGAGAAAAACCUGUUAAAUAUUUAAAAUGUCUACAAUUAAAAUGAAUGAAUUUAUUAAGUUUAAA